AUGCCACGUCUUGUUGUCAUUGAUAUCUACAGCCACCACCACAGGCUUCCAAUAAACUCUAUUCGAAAGGAGAGUUUUUCAUCGCACGUCUCAGUCAGUACCUCCAAUUCGACCAACCCGUCCUAUGUUUUCUCUUCGGGAUCCAGCGUAUCAACCGAAGCAUCACACUCGGAAGAAAAGAAAAAAUCGGUCCGGUUUUCCAAAGUGGUUGUCGUAAAUGACCCUUCGCUUAUAUGCCUCAUUGAUCCAAAGAACCGAGGAGACACAAAACGAGUAGUUGACCGUUACUACGGUCAUUCUGAUGGAAAAAGACACCUAUAA